UUACCUAACCUAAUAUUUUUCCCUGAAAAAGUAACCUUAAAAAGCAACAUAUGUGCUCUGUAUUUAUAAAAGUAUGCAAUUUUUGAAUAUAAAAAGAUAUAGUAAAUCUGCAAUAACAUUUACAUUUGCCGAAUUAAAAAAGCUUGAAGAAACAGAACAUUCAUGUGUGGAAAAAGAGACUCGAAGAUUACAUUUAACCUUGUUGCCUUUUCAUUUAUCAAAUAUUUCCAGCUCUAUUAGUGAAAUAUUGUCUUCAAAUGUAACUAAAUAUAAUAAGGAUUUAGAUGGGAUUUUGUUGGGUUAUAAAAAUGUUAAAAUCUUGGAUAGUACUCCUGCCAUACAUAAUGAUAACUGUUUGGUUCACGUGACAGUAGAUGCUGAGUUUUAUUUAUUUAAACCAUGUGAAGGGAAAACGCUUGUUGGGCUUGUGAAUCAAAUCAGUGAUGAUCAUAUAGGUUGCUUGGUUCAUAAAGCAUUCAAUGUCGUAGUUCCUAAGGAGCAAAAUGGGAAUUUGGUGAGAAAAAACCAACAUAUCUUGGUUCAAGUUAGUUACACCAAUUUGGAAGCAAAACUACCGUACAUAAAAGCAGAUUUAAUCUCCAUUAUCUCUGACACUGAUAGUGGGAUAAGUACAAGUGAAGAAAAUCAUUUUGAUACAUCAAUUUCUGAAAAUAUACCAGAAGUGUUCAUUAAAAAGAACAAAUCACCUAAAAAUGCAAAACAUGAAGUGUAUAAAGAAGAAAGUGAAACUACCUCAGGAAUGCAUUUAAUUAAUGUCACAACUAUUGCUGAAAGUACAUUGAAGCAGAAAAAAAACAAGAAACAAAAGCGGGAUCAACAUCCUGAAGAAGAUCGAGAUAAUUAUGAAAACCUUUCAAAAAAGAAGAAAACAAUUGCAGAGGAUGAUGACAGUUGUAGGAUGUUAGAUUCAUACCUCAAUGAUCACCUUCAAGAGAAAAAUAAUCUUGAAUUACCUUUACAAAAAAAGAAAAAGAAGAAGAAAUCUAAAUCAUCUGAAUGUGAAAACAGGGAAGAGUUUCUUCCUAAUACGCUUAACGAAAAAGAUAACUAUAGCAAUAAUGAUGAUACUAAUAUCACGUUCAGUAUUAAAAAAUCAAAGAAAAAGAGGUCUAAAGAAUAUAAGGAGGAGAAUCAAGAUAUGAUCAAUGAAGACCCAGAAUUAUUAGCAUUUGCUCCAGAAAAAAAAUAUAAAAAGCAUAAGAAAAAGAAAUUCUUAAAUGAGGAUGAUGAUAAUCAUUCUUCCAAGUCAUUAGAAGUCAGUGAAAAAAAUUCAUUCUUGUUUGACAAGGAAGAUGAUCCUGAAACUGAAGAAAUGUUGAGCAAACAACACAUUGUAGAAGAUAAAUCUCCAAAAUUUAAAAUAUUGCAAAAUAUUAUCAUUAAUAGACCUGACCAAGAAUUAAAACUGAAGGAAUACCACUUAGCAAAUUCAAGUAAAAAUAAGCAUAGUAACAUAGCAAAAGAUAUUGAUGUUUCUUCUGAAGACACCAGAAACCCAAAGAAAAAAAAGAAACAUAAAAAUGACAAAAAAGAUGAUUUGGAAUGUUACAACCUCGAUGUUAUUGACAAUGGGGACUUAAAACAAGUGCUGUUGAAUCAUGACUCCAAUAAAAAUGAUUUUAUAGAAAACAAACAUAAACCGAAAAAUAAUAGUCUCGAUAAAUAUUUUAACAAAUCAAAUGAAAAUAUGUUAAAUUUAAUUGAAGAUUUAAGACCUAAGUCACAUGAAGGUGCUUUGGAUGACACAGAAUAUCUAGAUAAUAUAAGAAAACCUAAAAAAUCAAAGAAACAUAAUUCAAGCAUGUUAAUUGCUACCACUUUAGGUGAUUUAGACAAAUCGGAAGAUAAUACAUCAUUUGAUUUAAUCGAAGAGUUGAAAAACACAAAAAUAGAAACCCUUAAAAGUACUCUAGAAGACGCAACGUGUUCUAAAAAAAAUAAAAAACCUAAAAAAACUAAAAAAGAUAAUAUUGAUCAGGAUUUAAAUGAGCUAAAAGAUGAUACAUUCAAUAUAAUCGAAGAUUUAAAACAAAGAUUAUGUGAAAAAGCUUUAGGAGCUUCAAAGGAUUCACUUAAAUCAAAAAAGCAUAAAAAAUCUAAACAGGACUUGAUGCAUGAUUCACAAAGUCCUGUAGAAAAUGUGAAAAUCUUAGAUAAGAAAAGUAAACACAAGGAAUCAAAAGACACAGGAAGUGAAAAUUCAAUCACAUCAAAUGAUAGCACCAUUCAUUUAAUUGAGGAUUUGAAGCGUAGAGUAAUAGAAAAUACUUUAGAAAUAAACAAAAAAAGUAAACACAAAAAGCUACAAAAAUUAGAUGAAAGUACCAUAAUUCAAAUUGAAGACAUGAAAAGUAAAGCUAUUGAAAAUGUAUUAAAAGAAUCUAGCAGCAAAGAAGAUAAUUCCGUAGAAACUGUAAAUAUCAAUGUUGAAUCGAAGAAUAAAAAAGUCAAAAAGGCAAAAAAACAUGAUAAAAACACUGAACUUAAAUUCAAUUUAAAUGAACCAGAAAUUGACGAUAUUAAGCACACAGCCCUAGCCCAAGCACUUUCAAAAAUUUCAGGUCCAUCUGAAAUAAAAACCCAGAAGAAAAAGAAAAAGAAACACAGAGAAGACUUGGAUAUUAACGAAUUAAAAUCUCAGACUUUGCAGAAAAUUUUAGGAAACUUAAAUGAUGAUGAAAUAAGUAGUCGUUCAAAAAAGAAAAAGAAAAAGAAGGAGAAAAAUGAUAUUGACAUUGAUGAAAUAAAACAAAUGGCAAUGAAUAAACUAUUGCAUAAAGAUAUAAACAAAGAAGGAAACGAUAGUUCUGGAGAAGAAACAGAACAAUUAAGGCAGCAUAGAAAGAAUACUAAAGAAAAAGAAAAAUCUUUACAGAAUUUAAUUUUGGAGCACAGGUUUGGUGAUGAUGAAUCAAAGCAUAAAGUUAAAAAGAAAAAAAAGGAAAAGAAUUAGAUAACUUUAUUUAAAAUGACCGUUUAUACGAUUUUAACAGUUGU